AUGAAGUCUUCGGAAAAGCUGUCAAACAAAUCCCAUUCUUCUGAUAGCUUUCUUACUGAUAAUAAUAUUGAGUCAUUGGAUGUUUUAGAACCUACAAUAUCACCUAGAGAAAAUAUUAAUUCAUUAUAUUCAAAACCUUGGAGUGACAACGGUAUGCGUUCAUCAUCUUCAUCAGUGUCAAGUAGUGAAGUUAGUGAACACGAAAGCGAUUUAGAAGGUUCAAAAUUGAUCACUAGAAAGCUAAAAAGUGGUGGAUCGGAAACAAGCUUUGUUCGUGGUCGUCCUUCUGCUUGUGUUUUUGUAGCUAGUCUUUGUUCAACCAAAUCAGAUGAUGAGUUAUGUUUGUCGGUUACUAAUCAUUUUAAAAAAUGGGGGAAAUUAUCUACUGUUAAGGUUUUGCGAGAUACUUGCAACCGCCCAUAUGCUUUUGUCCAAUAUACUAAUGAUGUUGAUUCUAAGAAUGCAAUUGAAAAGGGUCAUAACUCAAUUUUAGAUGGUAGAAAUAUAAGAUGUGAAGCUGCUAAAGUUAAUAGAACCUUGUUUAUUAGUUCAAAGUCAUUCCUUACAGAAGGAGUUGUAAAGGAAAGAUUAAUUAAAUAUGGCCAAAUUGAGAACUUGCUUCCUAGUAGUUUCAAGGGUGAAAUAUUCGAAGUUAGAAAUCCUCUGAGAGGUUAUAGGAAUUGGUUCUGUAAGUUUGUUUAUCGGGAUGAUGCAAUUAGAGCUUUUGCUAAUUUGACUGAAGAAAAUCUCUAUAGAGUUGAAUGGGCUCAAAAUAUCGAACGAGAUACAAAAGCUUCCAUUGCACUUGUUAAAAAUGAUGAUAGUAUUGAAAUGAAGGUAAAGUUUGAUAAGUUUUCUAUAUUUGUCGGUCAAUUAAAUCUGGAAAUUACUGAAGAUGACCUUCGCCAUAGGUUUGAAAAACAUGGUGAAAUUGCUGAGAUUAAUUUGAUUAAAAAACCGUCAACUACAUUUGCUUUUAUCAAAUUUGAAGAAGAAACUAGUGCAGCUAGCUCGGUGGAAAGAGAGAAUCAUUCAAUGUUUUGUGGCAAAACUAUGCAUGUUCAGUAUCGAGAAAUCCAUGUUCCCUCUUCCAGGUCUCCUUCAUUUAAUGGUGUUGCAUUGGCCCCGCCACCCAUCAAUUUAAACAAAAGAGUUGGAACAACUACUAAUAGGCCAGUAAAUGAAAAUACGAGGUAUAUUGGAGGAGGUGGUGGAGGGUACAAAACUAUGUAUGAGUUUGGUAAACAGACAAAAUUUAGCAGCUAUCCUUCAAAUAAUUAUAAUCGGAACUUCAAUAGAACCAGUAAAUUCAAUACUGGAAGGUUUUCAAAUGAAAGACCUUAUGAAUUUAUCGAAUCUUCGUCUUCAGGAGUUAUUGUUACUGGUGCUGGUGGUAGUUCUAGUGGAAGCGCUGGGCUUUCCAAACCUCCCAAGUCCGAUAGGGGGGAUCAGAAGAAGUCCAAAGGCGAUUACUUCACUUGGCUGGCUUCCAACCCAACCCAAUUAGAUCUUAAUAAUGAAUCUCAAUCCCCAGAAAAUCCAAGUAGGGGCGGCGACCGUCCUGAUUCUAAAUUCAAAUCCAAACGGGGUAUCUUUCCAAAGUUCGAUUAUAGAAAUGCUAACAAUCUUAGUAGAGGAAGUAGUAUUAAUAAUUCAAAUAUUCCUCUUUUCUAUUAUUUUCCAGGUGGUGAUGUAAUGUCAAGUUUUGGAACUCCAGCCAGUGCUCAUUCUGGUCCUUCCCCAAACCCUUACUAUAAUGUUUACCAGCAGUAUUACCCUCCAUUCGACCCAAGUGAGUAUUCAACUACAAGCCAUGGUUCUUUUGCUAUUCCAAGUUAUGUUUAUUAUCCUACAGAAUCAGAAAUAGCAUCUAAUGAGAAGAAAACUUAA